CUCUCAGUCCCAAAAACCUACUCUUGCUGCAAGUGUCUCUCUCUCCCAAAAGCCUACUCUUGCUACUCUUUCUGCAACUGCUGUUGUUCAGAGCAGCGAAGCCAUGUCAACGAUCAAGGAGAUCCUUACCCGACGACCCGUGAUGGCGACGAUCCGGGUCACAGUCCCGGCCGGCGCGGCCAAACCCAGCCAGCAACUGAGCCCUGCUUUGGGUCAAUACAGGCUGAACAUGAUGGCCUUCUGCAAGGACUUCAACGCCCGGACCCAGAAAUUCAAACCCGACACGCCCAUGGCGGUCACCAUCACCGCCUUCAAAGACAACACCUUCGAGUUCACGGUAAAGUCACCGUCUGUCAGCUGGUACCUGAAGAAGGCCACCGGCGUCGAGUCCGGCAGCAGCCGACCCGGACACGUGGUCGCUUCUAAGCUGUCGGUGAGGCACGUGUAUGAGAUCGCCAAGGUGAAGCAAUCUGACCCGUAUUGCCAGUACAUGCCCUUGGAGUCCAUUUGUAAGUCUGUUAUUGGAACGGCUAAUUCUAUGGGGAUUAAGAUUGUUAAGGAUUUGGAUUGAUUUGGGGGGAAAUGUCACAUUUUAAAACCCUAGAUUUUUUUUUUUGGGGUCGAAUAAACCCUUAAGUUUGUUCCUCAUUUCGAGAAAAAGAUUGGAUUUUUGUUUGGUUUGAGAGGUUUUGCUUCUCCCUUGUACUCUGUUGUAAUUGAGUAGCUUUUCAAUUUGAAUGAGAAAUGAAGAUGGCUUCACUAGCCUUGUUUUGUUUA